ACCCAAGUAGUUCAGACUUCAUAGAGAUAAUGGCGCCGGUCAGCUCCAGCUCCGGCUCCGGCUCCAAUGCCUCCAGAGUUUCUGCGAAGCAGCCAUCGAAACGCCUACAAUUUGAUAGGCGUUACGGUUGGGUGUAUGAUGAAUGGAGAGACCCGGCAGAUGAAGCUUUAGCUGGUGGCAGAGGAAUGUUUUGCAUUUUACCUCUCACGAAAGCUUUGGUUGGGAAAGCUUCAGAAUCGAUUAAUUUCAUGGCAACCUCUGCGGUUAAAGUUAUUGGAAAGGACCAAUUCUCACCUCAGGUUUUGCAUGCUGAUCUCAGUGAUUAGUUUCAUAAUUUCAUGUCUUCCAUACAAGGAUCCAAUCCCAACUUCUUUCCUCUGAAAGGGGCUCCCCAAAAUUCUGUUCCAACCACAUGUAUCUACUUUCAGAAUAUGAUCCACAGACUAACUAUACACACGGUGAGUUAUUGUCAUUUUUACUAAGGAUCCGCCAAUAAAUGUUGGCAUAUGCUCUUUUGAU